AUGAAUCCCAUUUUGAAAUCAAAUAGCAAGUCAUUUUUCAAAAAGGCAAAUUUCUAUUAUUUCAGAAUAUCACAUCUGUCCUAUGAAGAGACUUUCAGACUCUUAUUCAUCCUUUUAGCAUCUAUACUUUCCUUCUUUGUAUUUGAUGCCUUACGUUUCAGAUAGUACUUAAUAAUGACUGACAUUCCUGUAAUAUCCUAUUCCAGUUUCAGCAUCAUGCUAUUGGGAUUAAUCAUCGUUCAUUACUCCAAAUGGACUGUAAAUUUCUUAUUCCAUGAUUUUGUAUAUAGGACCAUAUCAGCGUAAUAUUCUGGAGAAUUCAGAGACAUCAGGGUUAAAAAAAUUUUAAAAUGGCUAUUUGAUGGAGUAUACUAUUCAACAACUUCUAUACUCUGUUGGUAUUUCUUUCGCGAAGAGCCUUGGUAUCCAAAUGGGUUGGGAGGUACCAAUUACACAGGUAUUUGGUAGGAUUUUCCUAAUAUGAUCAAUAAUAAAUGGGUGAUCCCCUUCUAUAUGAUUCAAACAGCGAAUCAUUUAUAUGCCUUGAUCCACUUGGCAAUAAAGAGGAAGGAAGUAGAAACCAAGUAUUGGGAGUAUAUGUUGCAUCACACUCUUGCAACCUGUCUGCUCAUCUUCUCAUCCCUUUAUAAUCAAUUUCGAUUCGGAAUUGUUGUAUUGGGAAUUCAUGAUAUUGCUGAUAUCAUUUUAUCUCUCUCAAGGGCUCAACAUGACUUAAAAUCAAUCAAAUCUCUCAUGUAUAUCCAAUACGUAUUGCUUUUAUUCACAUGGAUUUAUACCAGAGUGAUCAUAUUUCCUUAAAUUAUUUUGGAGGCAAUAUUGAAUUACUCAGACUAUCCUGAAGCUGCAUGGGGUAACAAGUACCUCAUUGUCCAGAUGUGCAUCUUGUUUGGUAUGCACAUAUAUUGGACCUACUUUAUGAUGCAGAUAGGAAUUAAUGUGUUUAAGAAGGGCAAAAAAUACGAGGAAAUAAACACGUAUGACAACAAAGAAAUUCUGAAAUAAGAAAGAAAUUGAUAACCAUUGAAAAUCAAACUAUAAAAAAAAGUUAAUUAUAUAAAAUAAUAAAAA